AUGGAGAAGUGCCCAGAAGCACUACGAGAGCUAGAGGUGAACUUCUACGACGAUAAAGACCUGAACAAGGCAUAUCAUGGAUACCGACAGUCACAACCCCGAACCAUCCCGCGCCGUGACUCUCCCGGCUACGAGAGCCGCUGGGGCUCUCCCAGCCAUGGCAUUCAUUGGGGUCGCACAACUGGAGCCAGGGGACACAGCGUGUACAGCGAAGACCCUGCGAGAGAUAGAGAAAAGAUUGUAUCCCUGAAUCAUAUAGCGGAGGAAAGCCCUGGCUGGGAUAAGAUAGUGCUAGCGAAUAACCCGGAUGUCGACCGAGCCCCUGGGGAUAGCCAACCUGUUAUAGACAAGAUAGUGAUGUCUUGCGGGUGGUAUCUGGACGUCGCUCUGCCGAGUCUUUUAGAUCCGGAAGACCCAACCAAGGAAAGACAUAUCUUGGUCCUACGUUCAGAUUACCCAGAUGAGGGAACCCGAUUCGAACCUACAAAAGCCGGCAAAGCGAUGACACUCAGGGCCUCAGACAAAAAGAGCCUUGUUGGUUGUAAGUAG